AUGGAGCAGGCAUACCGUCAAAUUCUGUACCACCCGACAUCUGAUCAGAACGAGUGGGAGCACCCUCGUAUCAUUAGUCUUGGGGGAGACCAUUCCAUUGUGCUGCCCAUUCUUCGAGCGCUCAAGACGGUGUACGGUCCUGUUUCAGUUAUUCACCUCGACUCGCAUCUGGAUACAUGGGAUCCCUACGAAGGAUACACUGGAAUAGUGUCUAAUCAGUCCGCCAUCACGCACGGUACUUUCUUCUGGCACGCAAGCAGGGAAGGUUGCAUUAGUAAAGGAACUAGUGUUCACGGUGGUCUGCGGACAAAGUUAUUUAGCCCCAAGGACUACGAAAUUGACAGAGAUGUGGUUGGAUUUACUAUUAUUGAGGCCCACGAGAUAGAUGACAUCGGCAUGAAUGCGAUCAUCGCCAAAGUGAGGAAGACUGUUGGGAAUACUCCGGUCUAUUUGUCGAUCGAUAUUGAUGUACUGGAUCCGAGUAUUGCACCCGCAACGGGAACUCCUGAGUCAGGAGGCUGGACAUCACGGGAACUCAAGAGGUUUCUCAAAGGUCUCGAAGGGCUGAACAUGGUUGGAGUUGAUGUUGUCGAAGUCAGCCCUCCUUAUGACUCGGCGGCUGAGACGACUUCCGUUGUUGCAGCUGACUUGAUUGUAGAUAUUCUCGCGGGCAUGACCAAGACAAAGAGUUUUACGGUACCCGAGUCAGGAAAGGAUGAAUUGUAG